AUGAGGUUCACCCCGUGGCAUUGGUACGCCGCGAUCGGCGCAUUGUGUCCCGGUAUACUGGCAACUGCUACUCCAUCGGUGGACGUUGCAUUGCAAGCUUCGUUCGACGCGGCGCCAUACCUGGUGGAAUUGCUUGAAUCAGCCGCCGAAGAGAAUGCCACUUCGUACUUCCCAUUGCUCGACCGUAUUGCGGCCGGCGCAUUCGAUGAUGUCUUUACUGAGAAGGAGCUCUACGACCGCUUCCUGCAGGUCGUCCACGAAGAUGGACACUUCCGCACCGCCGAAAGCCUCUCGUCCUUUAAACUCUCGCUUGCCAUUCGAUCGUCCACCCCUCGCAUCCAGGCACACUAUCAAUUUUAUAAUACAUCUGUUCAGCAGUCAUUGAUGGUUGCUCAGGAUGCGGCUUGUCCGGUCUGGGCUCAUUACGAGGACAAGCAGUACUGUUCCUCGACCCUGGAGCGCGCACAGCAGGACGUCAACGGAGAUUUAGAUCCACGGGAACUGCCCUUUGAUCGCGUUCUCGGCGAUUUGUCCCUUCCUCCAGCAAUACUCUACGCGGACGUCUCAGCACCUAUGUUCAAAGUCUUUCACGAAACAUUGAGUGAUAUGGCGAAGCAAGGUCAGAUCUCUUACCGUGUGCGUUAUCGACCACCCCAGCAUUGGACCUCUCGCCCACUCUUCGUUUCUGGAUACGGAGUGGAACUAGCUUUGAAACGCACAGAUUAUAUUGUCAUUGAUGAUCGUGAUGCUGAGAAGCUGGAGGAUGGCGCUGGGGGAAGUGCAGCGGAUGAGCUGAAGGAGGGCGCUCCGGCCGACCUUCGACCCCUUUCAUCAUCCGAAGUCUCCAGGCUGGGUUUGAAUGCUGCAGCCUAUGUCAUGGACAGCGAAGACCCUUUGAACACUUUGCUUAAGCUCUCCCAGGACUUCCCUAAGCACUCGUCUAUAGUGGCGGCCCACAAUGCGUCGAAAGACCUGGUGCAGGAGAUCCGCGCUAACCGGGCAAGAAUGAUUCCGGCAGGAUACAAUGUAAUGUGGAUCAACGGCGUGCAGAUGGACCCGCGCCAAAUCGAUGCCUUCUCCCUCCUCGACCAUCUUCGUCGGGAGAGGCAACUGAUCCAGAAGUUCCGUGAUCUAGGGAUCUCUGCACGUGAUGCGGUGAAGCUUCUGGCACACCCAGUUUUAGCAGAGGCACGCGCAGAUGACGAGGCCCAGCGGUAUGACUAUCGCGAUGAGCUGGAAGGAGGCGAGGUCAUUAUUUGGAUGAACAAUCUUGAAAAAGAUACACGAUACGACGCCUGGUCGGGCGACCUUGAGUCGUGGGUACCCGGGACAACUCCUCCAGUUGCCCGUGACUUGCACAAUGUUGUUGUGCCUGUCAAUCUUUCCGAUCCAGAAGAUAUUCUUCUGGUUCUCCGACAGAUCCAGACUUUCAUUAAGCGUAUGAUUCCAGUCCGGUUCGGAUUGGUGCCCAUGGCUUCAUCCCCAGAGUCUACCGCUCAGUUGAAAGUGGCACACUAUCUACAGAAGACAUUCGGGCUUUCAUCUCUCAUACAAUAUCUGGAAGAGUCGACAUCGAACUUGAAGGGCGGCAAUCCAAGCAAGGCUGCUUUCGAGGCUGCUACCCGGGGCCGAGACCCUUCGCCAGAUAAAGAAGUUCUUUCUCUUGACGAAGUGCUAAAGAGUGAACGGUACGAAGCCAUUACCGCCAAGGUCAUUCAGUACCAACGCCGCUUGAGUCUAAGCAGCGAUGACCCUCAAUUCCUGGUCAAUGGUAUUCCUACCUCUCGCGAAGGCAACUGGAUGCAGGAGAUGAGUAUGCUUAUUGGUCGAGAUCUGAAGCUCGUCCAACAGGGCAUCAUGGAGGGGGUAUUUCACAGGACUGCUUGGCUGCCGGAGUUCUUCCUGGCUGCUUCAUUUGAAAGGCGCAACACUUUUCUUAUGCCUGAAGACCCGAAAAGUGUCCGAAUCGUGGACCUUGCUGAUUUAUUGGGAUCGGAGGCAGAUGGACUUGACCAUAUUCCUCGGAUUGCGGCGAAGGAUGGUGUUCGCGGCGGCGUUCAUCUUCUGGUGGUUGGCGAUUUCAAGUCUGAGGAAGGAAAGUCCUUGCUUUCCAAUGCACUCAAGUUUCGGAAGGAUAACGAGGAGGUGGAAGUUCUUCUGAUCUACAACGGUGAUCUCGAGGAUGCAAAGGGUAGCUCACUCGUGGACAAAAUCCAUCAAUUGAUCAACAAGGGCGAGGAUAUUGAUCAGAUACUCGCCACCAUCAGCUCCGAGGAUACUUCCGAAUCUGAUGCAAUGGAAACAUAUGGAGCCCACCGACGUCUUGCGAAAGAGCUUGGAUUCGAGCCUGGUGUUGAGGGUUUGGUCGUCAAUGGCAGGGUUGUUGGUCCUAUCGGCAAAGAAACCGCCUUGACUACCGAAGAAAUUGGUCAGCUUAUCACAUACGAACGAACAAAACGUAUCGAUGCUGUUGCGAGAGCUGCCAUGAACCUGGGACUGAAUUUGCGCAUCUCCAAACCGCUUGAUCUCGCCAUACUCUCCGCCCUUGUUUCCCUUUCCUCCAUUUCGGACGUUCCCGAGGGUAUCUUUGAAUCUACUCCAGACGUCAGGUUAGACUUGUCGGACAAGUGGAAGAUCGACCACUCCGUGAUCUCAGUCUCCAAUUCUGAUGAUCCGGCAAUCAAUGUCGUUGUUGCUCUGGAUCCAGCCUCCGAAAGCGCGCAGAGAUGGCUUCCUAUUCUCAAGGUUCUGUCCGAGUUGACCGGUGUCAAGCUGAAAAUUUUCUUGAACCCGAAAGAGGACAUGAAGGAGAUCCCUGUCAAGCGGUUCUAUCGCUAUGUGUUGAACUCCGAACCAUCGUUCACGGUUGAGGGGUCACUUUCACGGCCAAAGGCAUCUUUCUCUGGCGUGCCAGUUGAAGCGCUACUCACAUUGGGCAUGGACGUUCCCUCGUCAUGGCUUGUUGCGCCAAAAGACUCUGUUCACGACUUGGAUAACAUUAAGUUGAGUUCCGUCAAGCCGGAUUCCAACGUCGAUGCCGUUUAUGCUUUGGAGCAUAUUCUGAUCGAAGGUCAUUCUCGUGAUCUGACUACAAAAUCUCCUCCACGGGGUGUGCAGCUCAUUCUGGGAACAGAGGAAAACCAUCAUUUUACUGACACAAUCAUCAUGGCCAACCUGGGCUACUUCCAAUUCAAGGCACAGCCAGGUCUGUGGCAGAUCAAUCUCAAGCCUGGUCGUAGCGAGAAACUGUUCAACAUCGAUAGUGUUGGUGGACAGGGGUACCGUCCUCAACCUGGUGAUGAGAACAACGAAGUCACUCUACUCUCCUUCCAAGGCCGAACCCUCUUCCCCCGUCUUUCGCGGAAACCUGGCUUCGAGGAUGACGACGUACUAGAAACCGGGUCACGUGCCGGGUCAACAAUGGAUUACCUAUCCAAAGGCCUCAAUUUCGCUUCAGGAGUUUUCUCAAGUGUGGGUGUGGGCUCGAAGAACGACCAACAUGCGGAUAUCAAUAUCUUUUCCGUCGCCAGCGGCCACCUUUAUGAACGAAUGCUAAACAUCAUGAUGGUCUCAGUCAUGAAGAACACCAAACAUACAGUGAAGUUCUGGUUCAUAGAACAAUUCCUCUCUCCCUCCUUCCGUGCUUUCCUCCCUCAUCUCGCCGCCAAGUAUGGUUUCUCCUAUGAAAUGGUCACCUACAAGUGGCCGCAUUGGCUACGCGCGCAGAAGGAGAAACAGCGUGAAAUCUGGGGCUAUAAGAUGCUAUUCCUGGACGUGCUCUUCCCCCUCUCAUUGGACAAAGUCAUUUUCGUGGAUGCAGACCAAAUUGUGCGCACAGAUAUGUAUGACCUUGUCACACAUGAUUUGGAAGGUGCGCCCUAUGGGUUCACCCCAAUGGGCGAUUCUCGCACCGAGAUGGAGGGUUUCCGCUUUUGGAAGCAAGGGUACUGGAGUACGUUCUUGCGAGGGAAACCUUACCAUAUCUCGGCACUGUAUGUCGUGGAUUUGAAACAAUUCCGUGCUCUUGCGGCGGGUGAUCGUCUGCGUGGCCAGUAUCAGAUGCUCUCCGCUGAUCCGAACAGUCUGAGUAAUCUGGAUCAGGACCUGCCGAACCAUAUGCAACACCAUAUUCCUAUCCAUAGCUUGCCACAAGAAUGGCUAUGGUGUGAGACGUGGUGCUCAGAUGAAGAUCUUGCAAAUGCUCGAACAAUUGAUCUGUGUAAUAAUCCACAGACGAAAGAGCCAAAGCUUGCGCGAGCUAGGAGGCAGGUGCCCGAAUGGACGAUAUACGAUGAUGAGAUUGCAACUCUAGCCAACCGGGUUGAUGCAGAGCAAGUUGGUUUUGUGCUGACUGGUGAGGAUACAGAUCGGAAGGGGAGUGUUCGAGAGAAGACCGGGGAACAUGCAGAUGAAGAUCACAAGGAUGAAUUAUAG